AUGAAUAGACAAAAUCCUGAUUUUAGACGUGGUAGUAGAGGUCGUGGUAGAAGUAAUUACGAUCGUCGUGAUGCUGGCCAUAGACAAGGCGGUCAAUGGACUCCAUCAGCUCCAUUACUUAGUAUUCCAGCAUUAAAAAUAGCACAACAAGAAGCGACAAUAGAAAAUUUCCGUUCCUCCGAAUUAUCGUCUCAUGGUAGUGACCGAUUAAUUGUUAUUACUAAUGGAGUUCUAAUUAAAACCAUAUGGAAAAAAAUUAUAAGAAGAGAUAUUAAAUCUUUGAAUCAGGGUGAUAUUAGAGUCUUUAUCAAUUCAGCGUUAGUUGUAACGAAUUAUCAUUCUAGUCAUGAGGUAGAAGAGUUUGUAAAAGCAUUCGGUAAUCCUGAUGGUGGCGUUAAAAAGUUAAGGGAAAUCAUCAACUUUCCUUUCAUGUCGUGCGAUGCGGGAUACAGGGACGAUGUAUUAUCCUUUCAACACGUUAUAUUACCUUUAUUGGGUUUAUUGACUAGAACUUCUAUUACUGAAUGUAUUUUGGAAAAAUAUGUUCACGCCAUCUUUAUGGUUGUUUACAUCAAUCUUGACUCUUUUCUUUAUGAUAAUGUAAUGAAAAUGUUGGAGACUUUAGUGCAACGUAAUUCUGUUGCUGACAAUCAAAUUAGCGUGGAAGAAUUAUUGAGACGCGAUCGAUAUGCUUUUAUUCCAUCUUCGAUCGGAACCUUUUUUUUGAUAAUCGUACGGCUUCUCACCGAAUUAUUACGUCGGAUCAAAGAAGCAUCUAUCAAUGAGACCAUUCACAAAAUUGCUCGAGAUUUGCAAAAUCUUAAGACCAUAUAUCAACAAACUAUUCAACAUCAACAACCGUUCACAAUCUCAACUGACCCGUUAAUGAAUAAUUUGGAAUCAAGAAAUUAUUUUUUCAUGAUAUUAGAAAAAGAAAUGAAUACCAUGAAUAGAAUGUUAAAUAAUGGACUUGUUAAUUUAAUUGAUGAACAGGAUCAAAAUAAAAAAGGAUUAAUUACCAAAUCAACAUCGUUGAAAUAUAAAGCGAUUGCUAGAAAAGCUGAACUUGAAAGAUCUUUUGAUCCUCCUGGAGAAUUAUCUAAGAAUGGCAAGAGACAUGAUAACGAUUUUGAAGAAAUUUCAGAAAUAUCAAUCAUUCCUACGGUAGAAGAAAUUUUAUGUGAUCGUCCUCCUUUCUUACCAUUUUCUUAUCCAAAUGCACCACAUUUUCUGCCUAAUGGGGCCGCAAAGUUGCUUGAUACACAUUUUCGUUUAUUAAGGGAAGACAUGUUGAAACCCAUUCGUGGAAGUGUGACAAACUUAAUACAUGCUUUAUCACAAAGCUUGAGACCUUCUCUUAAUAAUAAUGAAUUUUCAAAAGAAUUAAGGAGGAUUCAAAAGGAAUUUGGUGGUUUACACGUAUAUACCAAUAUACAAUUCGUCGGUAUUACCUGUGAUAGGAAGAAAGGGUUUGCUUAUACUUUAAGAUUUACUCCCCCAAGAAAUCGCUAUACAAAUUCUGAACGGGAUAGAAUAGCAUAUUGGGAGAAAAGUAAAAGGUUUAUGAAUGGUAGUUUAAUUACUUUAUUGUUACCAAAUCCAGAUGCCGAACGAAAUAAUGAAGAAUUUGAUCUUAGCGAUACUUCUAAUAAUAGUUCUGACAAGUACCUGGUUUUCUUUGGUGUGGUAGCAUCAAGGGAUGAAAGAGCUUUGGCCAAGCAUGCGGAUUAUGCUGAUAUUUGUAUUAACUUUACUAAUCUAUCAAUUUAUCCUAUUGCGUUAAAUGAGAUUUCAAAUCUUCAAAAGGUAACAGAUAGAUCCUUAGAACAAAGAUUUAUGGUUGAAUCAACCGGAGUUUAUUUAGAAUCUUACUAUCAUAUUCUUAAAACCCUUCAAUCUUCAAAUCCUUCUUCUCUCCCAUUUGAAAAAUAUUUUGCUCCGAAUAUUGAUGACAUGCGUGAAUCAAGUUAUGUCGUAGUUGAACCACCAAUGUACACUAGAGCACCGAGUUUUGAAUUUGACUUAUCGAUUUUAUGUGAUAAGCGGCAAACGUUAAAAUUAGUUGUUGCCGAUACAAGCAGCCACAAUGAAGUAGCAAAGAAGGUUAACGAAUAUAGUAAAUUGGAUGAAACUCAAGCGAAAGCAUUAAUCUCCGCUCUAACACGCGAGAUUGUAUUGAUCGAAGGUCCACCCGGUACUGGAAAAACUGUAGUUGGAAUUGAGAUCAUGAAGGUGUUAUUGGCAAAAGAAAAUCGAAAAACAAAGAUUGGUCCCAUUCUCACCAUUUGCUUUACAAAUCACGCCCUUGAUCAAUUCUUAGAGCAUUUGCUUGACAUAAACAUAAAAAAUAUAGUUAGAUUGGGCUCUCGGACGAAAUCUGAAAGGAUUAAAGAAUAUAAUAUAGAAAAUGUUUGUAGAACCAAUUCUUAUGGCAAAGAAGGAUACGAAUUACGUAAUUCAUUAAAAGAAAUCGAAAGUCGCGUUAAUGAACUUAACAACACUUUGUCCAAUAACAGGUUGAGAUGGAAGGAUUUAUCCAGUUACCUGAAGAAGAACGAAAGAAAGUUUUAUAAUAAAUUUGAUCGCGUGCAUAAUUAUGAGUUGCCAAGUUGGGUUUUAGGAACUUAUAGUGAUGAAGAAGAAUUUUUGAAUGAAUUUAAGUUUGUUCAUAAUAGAUCAGCGAAUAUUCCCAUAUUCGAGAAAUGGUUAAAAGGGAUGGAUAUUGAAAUGAUUAAUUCUAGAAAGAAUAUUUUGUUAAAUACACAACAGAUGAAUGAGAAAAAAAAGAAAAAGUCAACAAAUAACAAGUUCGUAUUUUUAGAUAAUGAUGAAAGUGAAACGGACUCAAGUGAUGAUGAUGAAUCACAAACCGACCAUGAAACAAUACAAUGGAUAUUGGAUUACGAAGAACCUGAAACAAAUCGUCCUUUGGAAUUAUUACUAAAUAUAAAUUCAAUUUGGAAAAUGUCAAGGAUGGAACGAAUUACUCUUCAUGAUUAUUGGCGUAUAAAAGUUAGUCAGGAAUCUAAAGAAAUUUUAUCAAGAUUACAAACAAUGUAUGAUAGAAUACGUAAUGAAUGGAGUGACGUUUAUGACGAAGGUCGUCGUCAAACGUUAUUAUCUUGUGAUGUUAUUGGUAUGACCACAAAUGGAGCAGCUAAAUUUCAAAAUUUAAUUAAAUCUAUCAAGCCAAAGAUUAUUAUUUGUGAAGAAGCUGGUGAAGUGCUUGAAGCUCAUAUCCUUAGUGCAUUAACCCCCUUAACUCAACAUUUAAUAUUGAUCGGUGAUCCAAAUCAACUUCGACCACAUAUUGCUACCUAUGACCUUAGUAUGGAUUCAAAUUUAGGAAAAAAUUAUCAAUUAGAUAAAUCAUUAUUUGAAAGGUUAGUUAAAGGUGAUAAUUCGGCUAAAAUUGAUAAAGUACAACUUUUAACUCAGAGACGAAUGAGAGAAAUUGAAAUUUCUGAUCUAGUUAGAUACACAUUAUAUGAGGAAUUAAAGGAUGGUGAAAAUACUGCUAAAUAUGAAAAAGUACGUGGUGCUCAACAUAAUGUAUAUUUUAUUAAUCAUGAUCAUCCAGAAGAUAGUUCUGACGGAGAAUUUGCAACGCUAUCUCAUGUGAAUAAUUAUGAAGUCAAAAUGGUAGUGGAGAUGGUAAAAUAUUUCAUUAAGAAUGGAUAUACUAAAUCUGAUGAUAUAGCCGUACUUACUCCUUAUUUGGGACAAAUGAUGAGAAUCAAGGAAGCCUUAUCAAGGUUAUUUGUUGUUGUCUUGGACGAAAGAGAUUCACAAGAUCUUGCUGAAAUGGAGGAAGAGCAAGAAAUUGCUAAUGAUUCCAAUGAAAAUAUAAGUGCUUCUACUUCAGAAAAAUCAUUAUAUCAACAAGUUACUUUAAGAACAGUAGAUAAUUUCCAGGGUGAAGAAGCAACCAUAGUAAUCGUUUCUUUAGUUCGUAAUUUCUCCAAUUCUGAUAGGUAUGACACUAUUGGAUUCAUAAAGAGCACAAAUCGAAGUAAUGUAUUAUUAUCACGUGCAAGAGAAGGAAUGUAUCUUAUUGGAAAUUCUGAAUUGAUGGCCACAAGAUCUGAAAAGAUGUGGACUCCUGUAAUUGAUAUGUUACGAACACGAAAUCCUCCGCAAGUUGGUUCUGGCAUGCCAAUUGAAUGUCAUAAGCAUCCUGAAUACAAGCAUAUUAUUAAUAAUCCUGAACAAUUUGAACAAGUUAGUCCUGAUGGUGGAUGUUUUCUGCCGUGUGGUGCAAAACUUCUUUGUGGGCACGUAUGUAUUUCCCUGUGCCAUUCGGAUGAUCCUCAACAUCUUAAAACUAAAUGUCAAAAACGUUGUACGAAAUUACAUUCAGAAUGUAAUCAUACAUGUCCAAAACUUUGUUUUGAAGAUUGCGGAAUGUGUAAUUUUUCUAUGGGUGAUAUAAUAUUACCUGUUUGCGGACAUAUUUUGAAAAAUGCCAAAUGUUGGCAAAAUCAAAAGAAGGAAGAACUUAAGUGCUUUACUUCAGUCCCAACAGUACUACCUGGUUGUGGACACACAAAAACCAUUUAUUGUUAUGAAUCCGUUGAUAAUGUCAAAUGUAUGGUUCGAGUUGAAAAAAAAUUGCCAAGUUGCGAACACUCAAAAACCGUUUUCUGCGAUCAAAUAUGCGGAAAAACGUUAAAUUGUAAUCACGAAUGUUUGGAUCGGUGUCAUGGCUGUCAAAACCUUUCGAAAACGCCUGGUGAAUAUAAAAUCAAAGACGAUAUUAAUUGCGGAAUCGUCCCUAUUGAACGAACAAAGCAUGCAAAAUGUAAACAUAUAUGUAAUAAAUCAUUAUUUUGUGGACAUAUGUGUGCAAAAAAUUGUCAUGAAGGGAGCGCAUGUUCGCCUUGUAGUGCUAGAUGUACAAUAUCAUGUGAUCAUUCAUCGUGUGAUAAACGUUGUAUAGAACCUUGUUCCGUAUGCGCAGAAACAUGUCCAUGGGAAUGUGAGCAUCAAGGAAGAUGUAGAUUAAAUUGUGGAGUUCCUUGUUUUAGAUUGCCUUGUAAUGAGAAAUGUAACAAGAGGUUGGAGUGUGGCCAUAUGUGUGCUGGAGUUUGUGGAGAAAUUUGUCCUACAAAAGAUUUUUGCAAUACUUGUGCUCCUGAAUCUGUUAAAAGACAAGUGUCAGAUGAAAUUAUGAAAACUUUAUUUAAUGAAGUGGAUUGGGACAGGAAUAAGAUGAUCGUUCUUUCUUGUGGACAUGUAUUUACCAUGGAAACUAUGGACAUGCAUAUGGGAAUGGAAGAUUAUUAUGAAGGUUCAAUCAAAUGGGGAUGGACUUCAGUUAAAAUCCUUCCAACAUCAUUUGCAAAUAUAAAAACAUGUCCAGAUUGUCGAACACCCAUCAAAAAUAUUAGGAGAUAUGGAAGAAUAGUUAACAAAUGCACCUUGGACGCACAAAACAAAAAAUUCUUAACAAAAUAUGAUAAUUUAUUGAAUAAUGUUACCAAGCGAAUUGUUUCACUUGAAGGUAGUAUGAAAAAUAACCAGAAAAUAUUACGCGGUCUAGGUUAUUUGCCCGCUGAUAAUUCUAGACUCAAGGAAAGUUUUCUUGGAGAGUAUCAAUUACCCGAGGUUAUCCCUUGUAAAUAUUUUAAAUAUGUUGACUCAUUUCAUGGAUUUGACAAAAUUAGUAAAAAAAUUUGGCAGGAUCGUGUCAGAGAAUUAUUAAAGUGUUAUCAAGAAUUAAUGUCCAUUAUUCGUGCGACAAAAUCACCACCUCAUAAGAAAGCUUUUGAUGCAUCCACUUCAACUUUAUAUCAAGCUAAAUUUGCAAGAGUGAAUCCUGAAAAUGAUUUAAUCGUUAAAUUAUCUAAUCUUAAAAUUUCAGAUGAUGACGAUUUUUCAACUCCUAAAAAUUUACUCUCUCAAACAGGAAUUACGAUAUCGAAAGUAGACCGUAGAAUUUAUUUAGACACACUUUUUGAAAUAGUCAACUUACAAAAAUUUCUAUUCAAUGAAUUUUUAUUUGUACUUCAAAAAAUCAUGAAAGCUGAAAGACCAAUAGCUACAAGAGUUGAAGAAGUUUGGAAAAAAUUUGGUGAAAGAUUACAACUUUCUAUUGAAAAACACCUAAAUACGAUUAAGGUAGUGGCAGAAUCUACUCAUUAUUGUAGACACUCACUUUUGGCCAAUAUCGAAAUAUUAGAAUUGGAUCUUAAUAAGCUUAUGUAUCAAUUAAAAUAUUCGUCAUCAUUUAAUAAUAUCCCUCAGACGAAAAUUAUGAAAGAUCGUAUUCAUAAUAUAUUUCCCAAUUUUUCUACAUAUAAUAUUGCAAAUGAAUCAUUUGAAGGCCUUAUUGAUAGCAGAUUAAAUAAUUUAAUUAAACUAGUUGAAUCUUAUGAUAAUAAUCUUAACGAAACUUCGCUUACUUUGCAAGAGUCUGUAUCAAUUCGUGAUGAAUGCUAUGAUCUAAAUCCCAAUAAAUUAGACACUAUGCAAGAGACAAAUAUUGAAGGAAAAUUAGAAAUUUAUCGUGCAAUAAAAACUGAUUUUAAAAAUACAGGACAUUGGAAUGAAUGUGCUAAUGGUCAUCCGUAUACGGACGGGGAGUGCCUUGAUUAUAUGGAAGUUGCUUGUCAAACAGAAGAAAUGCCUACAAAUGAAGUUGGUUAUCAGGCAGAAGAAA